GUACAUUCGUGAACUUUCCUUUAACAAAGUUGGUUCGCCUAUCAACAACGCCUCCUUCACUCGUAUUACCUGUCAUUAAAUUGACUGACGUUAGUAACGAAACAGCCAAUUCAUGUGUGUUAUCAACAAACAACUCAGCAAUAAUAAAGCAACAGCAAUACGUUCGAUAUAUUGAAGAUGCAUGUCAUAGAGAUCUUUUACGAGUAAAAAUACCUAUACUUCCUGAUAGCGACAAAACUGAUCGCCGGAAGGGAAAAAAUGGAAAAGUAACUAGAAUCGUCAGAUUGCAACAAAAUGUAGAAACGUCAAAGUAUUUGCUUGAGUUUAAACUAGAUUCCGCAAUACUGGCGAAUUCAAAGGGAACCUGGAAGCGACUUCAGCUGAAAUUAAUUUAUUUCUUAGUGCCCAUUUUGAAGUCGCGAGGUAGCGUGAGAAAAUGGCGGCGUGACGCCACAAGGAUCGUGGCUUCGCAAUCCAUACAUCAGACGGAUCCUUGUGAUUCUAUUCAUCCUCGUUAUUUACAACGUAAGCAGAAGAAUCGGAAAUCAAAUCGGGGAAUUAAAACGAUUUUGAGUCUUUGGAGCCGACUGAAGCUACAUGAGAAUUCUCACAAAUCCUCAAAAAUCAAGCAUAGGCAUCCAAAUGAUGUGGAAAGUAUGAGUGAGAAAAUGGCAUGUACACUUGACUCAAAUUUUGAAAACCGAAAUUCUGGCAUUACUCCGGUCGAAAGAUGUUCGGAUUCAAAUAAGCAGAAUGAAUCGAAAACAUACGAUCUAACCAACAAUCAAGUACCUCGGAAGAAGUGGAUGCCGGAAAUACAAAAAAAAGUUUCGAAAAAUGUUUCUGCUCCCGUGGCAAAUAAUUUUGCACACGGUAUACAGGAGAUUGAAAUUAUUGAUAAUCCUCUUCAGGAUGACAGCGAGGUUACGGAUAACAAUACAUCACCAAAUUUCGAAAAGAAAGUGUUCAUGAAAAAUACAAUCAGUCGUAUCCCAGUACCUAAUUCUGCACGAAAAAACAAAUCGAACAAUGCAAAGGAGGAAGUAUCCCAGCCAAAAAAGGUCGCAAGGAUGGAAUUUUCGAAAAGAAACAGUGCAUUUCCCCGAUAUUCGUUAAAAAGUAAAUUUAAAAAUGGCCCAAAUUCGAAACAAUCAAUCGUUCGAAUUAAAUCAGGAAAUUUUGGAAAAUUCGAGGGAAAGGGAAGUACAUUCAAGAAAGUUGUUGAAAAAAUCGAGGUGGGGACAUCGUCAAAGGGCGAGACUGACUGCAAAGCUUUGCGACAAAUAUCCAAGUCUAAGUUAGAAAAAGAUCUAAUUUCUGAAGGGGAAUUUACUGAUGAACCGGAAAUCGAUCACGGAAUAACUUCCACUGAUGAAUCCCCAGCCACAGUUGGCAAUACUGGCGAACGAUCGGCCAUGAUUGUUUAUCAAAAUUACGAAUUGAAAAGACCCUGCCGCGCUUGCAGCGAUCAAAACUUUCGAACUCCCACGAGAAAAAUGCGAGAUCCGUCAAGCGAUUCUCGAAGUUCUCAGGAAAUUACGUCAUACGUCUCAAAAGUUCCAAAAUUUUCCAAAAAUAAUGGUUUCGUCCAUUCGAGUACCGAUGACCCAGAAUAUCUCUCGGAUUACAGUAGCGACAAUAUUUCGCCUGUGAAACUUCGAAAUUCCAAAGCAUUGCCCAAAAAUUCGCUUCCCAAGAAUAUCGCGAAUCCACUUCCCAAGACAAACAAUUCCCGCAAUCCACCGAAGAUCAAAGCUCGUCCAAGAAAUAAUUUUUCAUUCUUUGAUGCUCUUUUCGAUAUAGUCUUUUGGCCGCUGUUUUUUUUUAGAAGUAAUCGUUGACGUGUAAGGGAAUAUCAAUAAUUAACAUUGUGAAUAAUUAAAGAAAGAGCUUUCAAGAAUUAAUUAAAAGCAAUUCCAUGUAUA